CUGCUGCUCGUCCAGGCCUGCCGCGACGGCAAUGUCGAGCAGAUCGCCGUGCUGCUUCAGGCCACCCCCAAGCCCGACAUCCACUAUGUCGAUCCCGAGACCGGAGCAACGCUUCUCCACGAUGCCUGCGGCUCUGGAAGCCUCGAUGCCGUCCAAGCCCUCAUCCGCAUCGGCGUGCCGUGGAAUUCGGUCGAUUUCGCCCACAAGAGCGCUGGCGAGGCCGCCCUUGAGGCCGGCCACAUGGAUGUGUACGAUGCCCUCGUACAAGAAGGCAUCCGAUCCGAGCUGCUUCUUGAGGCUGUUUCUCGCCACCAUGACGAUGAAGAUGACGAUGAGCCUCCCAAGAAGAAGACCAAGGUCUCGAAUGCCGAGUAUCUGGCGAGCCCGCUUGUCUUUUCCGAGGGCCGACUCCUGGAUAGCGAAAGAAAUGCCGUCAUGAUGGGAUGGGAGCAUCCGCUGAUGAUCCAUCACGCCAAAGUGAUUGCUCCCAAACCCGGCCUGGACGUGCUGAAUGUUGGCUUUGGCCUUGGACUGGUCGACAAGGAGCUGCAGAAGCUGAAGCCGCGGACGCACACAAUCAUCGAAGCACACCCGGACGUGUACAAGCACAUGCUCGAGGAAGGCUGGGACAAGAUCCCCGGAGUCAAGAUCCUGUUUGGUCGGUGGCAAGAUGUCGUUCCUCAACUCGAGACCUACGACGGUAUCUUCUUUGAUACCUUUGGCGAGUAUUAUGCCGACCUGAAAGAGUUCCACGAAGUCCUGCCCAACAUCCUUCGACAGGACGGCAUCUACUCGUACUUCAACGGCCUCGGAGGCACCGACCGGUUCUUCCACGACGUCUACUGCCAGAUCGCAGAUCUCGAUCUGCAGGACAUGUGCAUCCAGACUGAAUACGUCCAAUUGGAUCUCGAAGCUCUCGGCGAUGAAGUCUGGCAGGGCACCAAGCGGCCGUACUGGAGCCUCAACACUUACAACCUACCGAUCUGCAAGUUU